AUGAGGAAAUUCGCGCUGCGCUACGGCUUUCUGUCGACAUAUCAGGGGACAGUAUUCGUCAAGCGGACAUAUGACUUCGCCUUCUGUGUCUCCCCACCGAUUCGAGACCGGGAUACGAAUUUGUCUCUUCGGCAGUGUUUUACGGGGUUCUGUAUCCUUGCUGAACAGGGCCAUGACUACAUCGAGGGUGAAGGCUUCAGGCUUCGAGGUCAAGAUGGUCUACAGGCUUCUCUCCGCCCUUCUGGGCUCAGAGAACAUGCGGCUAAGGGCAGUCUAGUGACCGGGCUGAACGUGAACGUUACCCCGAAUACAAUCAUUCUCAGCCACCAGGAAGGGUCGAAUACGGAAUAUACUAUCUAUAAGUGUCUGUUAGACUCACGACCUAGUGGUUACGAUGACGAACUUAGUAACCACAAGCGAACCUGCAUCUAUAAGGAAUAUAAGAAAGUCAUCCACAUUCUUCGGUCUCUAUUAAUCUAUAUGCCCAAUACUAGAAAGCACAACGUUGAAUAUCAAAGGGGGACUAGAGCUGUGACUAUAUUAUUAGAAUAUGUACCUUAUAUCGAGCUACUAUCGCUGUUUAGGGACCCUAUAAUACGUGGACACACGAGUGGUAGGUAG